AUGGACGAUUCUUCAAUCGAUUUGGCAUGUAUUGAGAUGUUUGAUAAAGACUGCUUGAAAGUCAUUGAUAAAUCGCAGUGUGUACAUUUAUACACUUACAAUAAAGAAAAAUCCGAAUGGGAAAAAAGCGACAUUGGUGGUGUUCUUUUUGCUGUUGAACGAUCUUCACAACCCUACUUCGCUUUUUACAUCGUGAAUCGGCAAAAUUCAAGCAAAAAUUAUACCCAACCUCUUACAUCUAGUAUUGAGCUUUUGUUACGUCCGCCCCACAUAUUCUUCAGAACAACGAAAAGUGUAUUUUCUUUGUGGUUCUUCUCCUCAAUCGACACUGAGCGUAUUUACAAUCUUUUAAAAGGACUCAUUAAUAAAGCUACCUUGAAGGAAAGAACGGUGAUUCCAUCAAAUGUUCUUACGUCCAACAAGCAAUCGACAACUUUAGCUCCUGUUUGUAACUUUGCGCCGAAGGCUUCCAAUAUUAAAGAUUUAUUAUCUUUCGCUACCGAAGAAUAUAAUCGCUCGAAUGGAGAUGAUGCAAUACAUCCCAUUGCUCCGGCUUUUGACCCUUCUAAGUCUUUAAAAUUUCAAUUGCAAGAUAUUGCUUUGGACGCUUUACCACUGACACCGGGAUUCGGGGAUUGUCAAUUCGCCUCAGAUUUGGAGAAGUCAUUCAAGGCUUCUGCUGCAACAACAUCAAAAUUAGAUAACAGUGUUACUGAAACACCAGUACAUGCAGUAAAAAGUGAUGACAAUGAUAAGAUCAACGAAGAACUCUUGAGACGCUUACGCAUUCAGGAUAGCUCCCAUGGCGACAAAUCGCCAAGUGUUGAGGGCUUAAGCAAGAAUCAAUUCAAAGCCGCUCUUAUUCAUCUUAUUGAGACUGAUGAUGAUUUACUCAGUAAAUUGCAUUCGGCCUAUGCGGAAUCGCUGAACAAGCGGCUAAAUCGAAGGGCGUAG